AACAGUGUAUAUUCUUAUAAACAAAAAUGGUCAUACUUGCUGCUUCAAUAUGUACUAGAGGUGGUAAAGUUAUUCUUUCUCGACAAUUCAGGGAUAUUCCAAAAGCUAGAAUUGAGAAAUUACUAGCAACUUUUCCUCAAUUAGCAAAUACUGGAAUACAGCAUACUACUAUUGAAACUGAUUAUAUACGUUAUGUUUACCAACCUCUAGAAGAACUUUAUAUGAUUCUUAUCACUAAUAUUCACUCUAAUAUUUUACAAGAUAUCAACACUCUUCAUCUUUUUACUGAAACUGUAAUAAAUAUAUGUCAUUCAUAUGACGAACGAGAAAUCCUUCAUAAUGCAUUCGAAUUACUUAAUGCUUUUGAUGAAAUAACAUCAUAUGGCUAUCGAGAAAAUCUUUCCUUUGCUCAAAUAAAAAGUUUUCUUGAAAUGGAUAGCCAUGAAGAAAAAAUUCAAGAAAUAAUUGCUAGAAACAAAGAAUUAGAAGCUGUAGAAGAAAGAAAAAGAAGAGCAAAACAAUUCGAGCUGCAAAGGAAAGAGUCAUCAAAAAAAGGAUUUAAUAACUUUCAAUCGCUUUCUAACAAUCAAUACCAAUUAGUUUCUCAAUCAUUACAUAAUAUGAAUCUAUUUCAUAAUAUUCAAGAUAUUGAAAAAAAACAGGUCAACAAAUCUGUUACGUUAAAAGGAAAAGGAAUGCAAUUAAAUAAAAAAUCCAAACAAAUUGAUUAUUAUGAAACUGCAAAACAUAGUAAGAAUUUAAAAGAACAUUUAUUUUCAAACGUUAGUAUGAAACAAAGUAGUACUAAAGAUGAUACAUUUGAAGACAUUCAAAUUAAAAUAUCUGAAGAUAUUCAUAUUGCAAAAACAAAAGAUAAUGACAUUGAAAGUAUAGAAAUUAAAGGGGAUCUUCAUUUACGUAUAUUACAAUCAAACGUUGCGUUUUUUCGCGUCUUUUUAUGCGACAAUGACGAAGAGAAAAUCCAAUACAAAACACAUCCUAACAUCGACAAGUCACAAUUUCUAUUAAACAAAGUAAUUGCUCAUCGUAAUUCGACAAAACCAUUUCCAGUAAACAACUCUCUUAGUGUAUUAAAAUGGAGAAUAAUAAAAAAAAAUGAGGACAUCAUUUUCCCACUUUCCGUUAAUUUAUGGACAUAUGAAAACAAUAAACAUAUUGAAAUGAAUAUAAAAUAUGAACUCACUUCAAAUGAAUAUGAAUUUCAAAAUGUGUUAAUAUCUAUUCCAAUGCAAUCUUAUUCAAGCAUUUUAGAAACUACUAAUGGAAUUAUUAUAAACCAUGAAAAAAAUUCAUUAGAAUGGUUUAUUUCCGAAAUUAACUCUUUUAAUCAAUCUGAUAGCAAAAAAAUAAAUCUAGAAAGUAACAAUGCUGAAUCAUUUUUUCCAGUGUCUAUUAAUUUCAACAUGAAAACACUUCUAUUUAAUAUUGAUGUAAUUAGAGUAGAACUUAUUAAUGAGGAGAAAGAAAUUUCUUUUUCUAAAUCAAUAAUCUCAUCAGGAGAGAUCAUUAUUAAAUAA